CCCGCCCCCGCGCUCUCCGGGCGGGUUUCCCGGGGCGCGCGCAGGCGCGGGCGCGCGCUUCCUCCUGGUCCGGCGUUCGCGGUGCCCCCCCGCCCCCUCGGGGGUCUUCUCCACCGCGGGGUGACCCCAGCAGCCCCUUCCCCAGCUCGCAGGGCGGGGAGGGCCGCGGCAUGUCGGAUCCCAGCUACUGGACGGCGGUGGCGGCUCCGGGCCAUCGCAGCCGCCUGGCCAAGGGUGCCCUGCUGCAGCGCUCCAAGAGCUGCCGCAGUGGGAGCCGCAAGAGCCUGGCAGUGGGGACCCCCUCGCCUACGCUUUCCCGGCCCCUGUCGCCACUCUCUGUCCCCACGGCAGGCAGCAGCCCCCUAGACAGUCCCCGGAACUUCUCGGCUGCCGCUGCCAACUUCCCCUUCUCCCGGAGAGCGGACGGCAGAAGAUGGUCUCUCGCCUCCCUCCCGUCUUCCGGCUAUGGGACCAACACGCCCAGCUCCACCGUCUCGUCCAGCUCGUCCUCCCGGGAGCGGCUGCACCAGCUUCCGUUCCAGCCAACGGCGGACGAGCUGCGUUUCCUUUCCAAGCACUUCCGCAGCUCGGAGAGCGUGGUGGACGAGGAGGGCGGCCGCUCACCACGCCUGCGCCCCCGCUCCCGCAGCCUGAGCCCGGGACGCGCCACGGGGACCUUCGACAAUGAGAUUGUCAUGAUGAACCACGUGUACCGCGAACGCUUCCCCAAGGCCACGGCGCAGAUGGAGGGCCGCCUGCGCGAGUUCCUGGCAGCCUGGGCACCCGGUGCCCGCCUGGGCCUAGCCGACGGCGUCCUGGGCUUCAUCCACCACCAGAUCAUGGAGCUGGCACGUGACUGCCUGGCCAAGUCGGGCGAGGCCCUGGUCACCUCGCGCUACUUCCUGGAGAUGCAGGACAAGCUGGAACGCCUGCUGCAGGAUGCCCAUGAGCGCUCCGACAGCGAGGAGGUGGGCUUCAUUAUCCAGCUGGUCCGCAAGUUACUCAUCAUCAUCUCCCGACCCGCGCGGCUGCUGGAGUGCUUGGAAUUCGACCCGGAGGAGUUUUACCACUUGCUGGAGGCGGCCGAGGGCCAGGCUCGGGAGGGGCAGGGGAUCAAAACGGAUCUGCCACAGUACAUCAUUGAGCAGCUGGGCCUCACCAAGGACCCCCUGGAAGAGUUUGUGCCGCUGUGUCACCUGGAUGACGAAGGACAGCCGCCAGCCCCUGAGUCCCCAGAGAACCGGGCCCUGGUUGGCCCGUCACGGAGGAAGCCAUGUGAGAGUGACUUUGAGACCAUCAAACUUAUCAGCAACGGCGCCUAUGGCGCCGUGUACCUGGUGCGGCACCGGGAGACCCGGCAGCGGUUCGCCAUCAAGAAGAUCAACAAGCAGAACCUGAUCCUGCGGAACCAGAUCCAGCAGGUAUUCGUGGAGCGCGACAUCCUGACCUUCGCCGAGAACCCCUUCGUGGUCGGCAUGUUCUGCUCCUUCGAGACGCGCCGCCACCUCUGCAUGGUCAUGGAGUACGUGGAAGGCGGCGACUGCGCCACACUCCUCAAGCACAUGGGCCCACUCCCGGUGGACAUGGCCCGCAUGUACUUCGCCGAAACAGUGCUGGCGCUGGAGUACUUGCACAACUAUGGCGUCGUGCACCGCGACCUCAAGCCAGACAACCUGCUUAUCACCUCCCUGGGCCACAUCAAGCUGACCGACUUUGGCCUGUCCAAGAUUGGGCUGAUGAGCAUGGCUACCAACCUCUACGAGGGCCACAUUGAGAAGGACGCGCGGGAGUUUGUGGACAAGCAGGUGUGCGGGACGCCCGAGUACAUUGCGCCCGAGGUCAUCUUCCGCCAGGGCUACGGCAAGCCGGUGGACUGGUGGGCCAUGGGCAUCAUUCUCUAUGAGUUCCUGGUGGGCUGUGUGCCCUUCUUCGGAGACACCCCCGAGGAGCUGUUUGGCCAGGUGGUCAGCGAUGAGAUCAUGUGGCCUGAAGGAGAUGAUGCCCUCCCUGCCGAUGCCCAGGACCUCAUCACCAGGCUGCUACGCCAGAGCCCGAUGGACCGCCUGGGCACCGGGGGCACCCAUGAGGUCAAGCAGCACGCCUUCUUCUGGGGCCUGGACUGGGCCGGCCUCCUGCGGCACAAGGCCGAGUUCGUGCCACAGCUGGAGGCUGAAGAUGAUACCAGCUACUUCGACACGCGCUCGGAGCGGUACCGCCACCUGGGCUCCGAGGACGACGAGACCAACGAUGAGGAGUCGUCCGCUGACAUCCCGCAGUUCUCCUCCUGCUCCCACCGCUUCAGCAAGGUUUACAGCAGCUCUGAGUUCCUGGCUGUGCAGACCGCAUCCACCUUUGCCGAGAGGAGUUUCAGCGAGGACCGGGAGGAAGGCUGGGAGCGGGCGGGCGAGGGGGACGGCAGCCGCCGCCUGGGCGCUGACACGCGCCUGCGGUCCUGGACUUCGUCAGGUUCUUCCUCUCACUCGUCCUUGUGCCAGCCCGAGCGGGGCCCUAGCCCAUGCCAGCUAAGCACCAUCGGCCCAGACACUAUGCCUAAGUUUGCCUUCUCAUCCGAAGAUGAGGGGGCCUGCCCAGCGCCCGGCGACACCACAAAGCCUGUCUUCGUGCUGGGCGAGCCAGACCCCCAGCCGCCACCACCGCCAGCCACACCAGUCACACCCAAGCCGCCAGGGCUUUCUGCUGACGCAGCCGCCCUCAGCCGUGCCCGCCUACGGAGCAACAGUACAGGCACCCGACACUCCACCCCAAGGCCCCCAGACGCUGGCCGGGGCCGCCGCCUCGGGGGACCCAGAGACGCUGACAAGGCCAAGGCCACCAGCGGAGGCAGCAGCGGCCGUGUGCCCAAGUCAGCCUCCGUGUCUGCCCUGUCGCUCAUCAUUACUGCAGACGAUGGCAGCGGUGGACCCCUCAUGAGCCCCCUGUCCCCACGCUCGCUCUCCUCCAACCCGUCUUCCCGAGACUCAUCGCCCAGCCGGGACCCAUCACCCGUGUGCGGCAGCCUGCGGCCGCCCAUCGUCAUCCACAGCUCGGGCAAGAAGUACGGCUUCAGCCUGCGCGCCAUCCGCGUCUACAUGGGCGACAGCGACGUAUACGCCGUGCAUCACGUGGUCUGGAGCGUGGAGGACGGAAGCCCGGCGCAGGAGGCGGGCCUGCGCGCCGGGGACCUCAUCACCCACGUCAAUGGCGAGUCGGUGCUGGGCCUGGUGCACAGGGACGUGGUGGAAUUGCUGCUCAAGAGCGGCAACAAGAUAUCCCUGAGGACCACGGCGCUGGAGAACACGUCCAUCAAGGUGGGCCCCGCCCGCAAGAACGUGACCAAGGACCGCAUGGCGCGGAGGAGCAAGCGCAGCCGCCGGCGGGAGACGCACGACAGGAGAAAGUCGCUUUUUAAGAAGAUCUCAAAGCAGUCCUCCGUGCUGCACACAAGCCGCAGCUUCUCCUCCGGCCUCCACCACUCGCUGUCCUCCAGCGAGAGCCUUCCCGGCUCCCCGACCCACAGCCUCUCCCCCAGCCCCACCACCCCCUGCCGCAGCCCUGCCCCUGAGGCCCCUGCAGAUACCGCAUCCCCCCCCAGCGGAUCCCCAAACUCCAGCAGCCCCGCUUCUCCAGCCACCGGCCACACCCGGCCCAGCUCCCUGCAUGGCCUGGCUGCCAAGCUGGGGCCACCCCGCCACAAGACGGGCCGCCGCAAGUCCACAAGCAGUAUCCCACCCUCCCCGCUGGCCUGCCCGCCCGUGCCUGCACCCCCACCCCGCUCACCCUCACCCCUGCCCGGGCACCCACUGGCACCUGCACGUUCCCCUCGCCUUCUGCGCCGGGGCCAGUCGGCAGACAAGCUGGGCUCAGGCGAGCGGCUGGAUGGCGAGACAGGACGGCGUGGCAGCUGCCGGGGCCCUGACGCCGCCUCCGAGCUGGUUAUAAUGCGUCGGCUGCACCUGUCGGAGCGGCGGGAUUCCUUCAAGAAGCAGGAGGCUGUGCAGGAAGUGAGCUUUGACGAGCCCCAGGAGGAAGGCAGCACGCCCUCGCCGGCCUCGGUGCCGCAGAUAGCAGUGGAAGGUGCCGAGGCCGGCCCAGGAGACCUUCUUGGACCUGCUGCUGGGGGAGACUGGUAGUCCCACCGCCCUGGCCUCCAAGGAGUGCCUGGCUUUUUAUCUUGUUACAUUUGUGUGCAACAUUGUUUCCAUGAGGUCACAUACAGUGGGCCUCUGGCACCUGCCUCCAGUGGCAAGAGCCUUCUAGGAUAGGGAGGGACAGGUGUCAGGGGACAAGGGCAGUGUUGUAAAUAGCUGCUCCCGCGCCCCCUACCCCAUGACUAAUUUAUUACUUUUUAUAAGCAAUAGCCAGACGGGGCGUCGCUGUGGCCCUGGUGGAGGCGGGUCA